AUGUUACCUUCUGAACAAAUUUUGCACUUCGUAAUGUGUAAUUUCAAUGACAAUUGUACAAUCCCAAGAAAGUAUGUCUCCCGCGAGAACUUCAAAAAGUUCCUAACGGAAUUAUUGAUGUUUUGCGUAGUGUGGACAUCAACGAAAUUAUAGUUGAAAACGAUGAAAUUCUGGAACGAAUUGAAGAUGAUCCACCGGAUGAAGGUAACUUGGAUAGCUAUAAAUAUGAAAGCUAUAAAAAUAAAUAUGAAAGAUCAUCUUCAAUUCGUUCUUUUUUUUUGAAAAAAAAAAAUAAAAAAAUUUGAAAAAAAAAGUUCGCCACGGGCCGGGACCGAUCCCGAAACCUAAAAUUUUAAAGUCGAGAUCACUAACCACUCUGCCAUCCGCUGUUAUUUUUCUUGCCCGCAAAUGUUUGACAUAUGAAACAAUGAGAAAUAUGGCGCAUUUUCGAUGGUGAAAAACUCGUCUUGGGUGCAAUUGUGGCAAUUUUUGAAAACGAAUUCGAGAUCAGCGAGUUCGAAUCUAUAUGUGUACCAAGUCUCAUUAAAAGUUUAUUCCGGGACCUUAUACACUUCCCUUGUAAAAAUAAUGCAAAGAUCAAUGAAGCCCCUUCAAAUCCACGUUUGAUUUAUUACUAUCAAAUAUCUGUAAUUUAUCCCUGAACUAAAAUUCCAAUUCAAACUAUCUAAUUUCUAUUGGUGUACUUUCUUAUGCUCUUUCCCUUCUUUUUCCUCAAAACAAAAGUUCUUUGUAAUUUUUUGAUCAGAACUCGGAAAAAUAUUUUGUCUCUGAAUACAAGGUCAAUGAAUAAUUGAAUUUCGUUGUUUAUCCAAAAAUAGUGGCCAAAUCCUAAAAAGGGCCUCGCCUCUCAAACAUUUUCCAUUAUUUUUUUCCCUAUUGCUCAACUUUUUAUGCUCAACUUGACACAAACAAAAAAAAAUAAACUUCUACAUUUAUGUAUUUUCAUAUUCUGAACUACACAAAUUUGGGAUAAAACUUCACUUCUGUUUUGAGCAACGAUUAAAUAAUGAAAUAGCUCAAAAUACAUGUGAAGCCAUUUUGUGAUGAAUGACGAAAAAUUGAAAUAUUCUUUCAAGCAGGUCAGAUCUUUCACAUAAAAAUAUAUGUGUUACGUAUGUUCAAAGGCUCUCUAAGUUUAUUUUAUUAUUCUUAUUUUCAAAAAAAAAAAGUUUUAAUCUUCCAAUAAUUUCAUUAUCAGAACAAAUAGGUCAAAAAUAUACUGAUAAAUGCUUUUUUGAUUUUUGUUGUCCAAAUUUUCUCAAAACUCCAUAGGUAACUCAUUUUUUGCCAGGCUUUUCUCAUGCCAAUCGAAAAUUCAUUAUUUUUUCUUUCCUUUUUUCCCUACAAUUUCAUCCGUUCCUUUUUACACUUCCUAACCUUUUUUGUUAUAUCUUUUCCUAAAUCUUAAUCGUUUUUUGUUUCGGAUUUCCAGAAAAUGCUCUUAAACAAUUUAAUUUUAAUUUAUAGGUCAAAUGGCGAAUUUUACCGAAAUAUGUUAUCCUGCAGAGCAAAAUAGUGUUUCAGGCUCGCCUUUUGAGUAUCAUCUGCAAAGGUUAGAUGAUGUAGAUUAUUUAAAAUAAACAUUGUUUUUUUUAAAGGUAUUUCUAUCCAAUUUUGGUCAUUUUCGGAAUCCUUGGAAAUUCAUUGAAUUUAACAGUUCUUCUAAAUCGCUCAAUGCGAAGCAGGUUUGAUUGUUUUCGAAAUAAAAGUUUCACUUGAAAUUUGAUUUUUCAGAGCGAAUUCAUUUUUGGCAGUGUUGGCAUUUGCAGAUAUAAUAUUCCUAUUUUUAUUACUCCCUAACAUUCUUAUAAAUUAUUCAUUUUUCAUGAAUAGUUAUUCGUUUCGUUCCAUGUACUUUUAUCUCAAGGUACACAAAUUUCCGGCUCUGCUCGGGGAUAACGAGAUCUAGAGAAACAUUGAUUUUUAAACUUUAAAAAGUUGAUCUACAGUAUCUCAUUUCUACAGGUACACAUACUUGCAACGGCAAAUUGGUGUGCUUCAAUUGCACAUUGGUGUGUUAUUGCUGUUUCAUUUGACCGUCUUUUCGGAAUUCGUAAUCCGUUAUAUGCGAGAGCCACGUGGAAAUGGUGGAAACUUCCAAUGGUUAUAUUCUCGAUUGGUAUUAUAUGUGGUGUUUUCACAUUUUAUCAACAUUUCGAGUUUCACUGUUUGAUAAAAGACUUUUGUAGCGGAAAGCAGAUUUUUUCAAAAUGCAAAGCUGUUACAGGACCGUAAGUUAUUAAAACUAUUUGUACAAAUUCAAAACAUUUUUUAUUGUAGUACAUGGUUUGGAAAUAGAACAAAUCCAUAUUCGGAACAAUAUCGAAAUUUAAUAUCAACUUGCAAGAUGGUGAAUAUUUUUGGGAUGAUUGUUACCCCAAUUAUCUUACUUGUGAUUCUCAAUUUCCUUCUUCUUUGGUCACUUCGAAAACGACAGAAACAUUUAUCGAUGGGAAAAGAUUUGAAUGAAGAUGGAAGACAUAAUGAUUCACAUAUGCAAAAAACAGAACAUCGUGUAACUUUGACCGUUUGUUUCAUAGUUACAAUGUAUACUCUCACAAAUCUUCCAUCUGCAUUGGUUCAUGUUUCUGUUUCUGAACCAGCGUCUUAUUAUGAUCUAACAAUAUUCACAAGGUAAACAAAAAAUUUUUUAUUGAAAAAUAUAUUUUUUUCAGUACCUUGGUAAUUUGUGGAAAAGCAUCAAACUUUAUAUUAUUCUGUCUUGGCUCAAAACAUUUCAGACUUCGACUUCUUAAAUUGACCCAACGAAAAAUAAAUCGAAAAAUCGGUAAGUUUUAAAAUGAAACUCUGAAUAUGAAAUGCUUAAAGUGGUGACAUCGCAAGUUGGUACAAAUUUUACGAAACUCGGAUAGGUAGAGUUUAUUUGAAAUUUCGAUUGAUUUGAUCUAAUGAUUUUUGUGUUUUGCAGUGUGCUCAUUUUUCAGUUUGCUUUUGAAAAAACCCAAAAACUAACUCUGAUUUUUCUAAAAAUGAAUGUGUGAUGAUUUUUACCUAAAAAAACUUUCUCAUUGAGUUUUUUUGUGUCAAACUCAUUUUUUUCAGAAUCUCUUGCUGGUUCUCUCAUCAACAAUACAACUACAGUACCCCUAUCAACUGCAAAAUUGAGUGUAUCCUCAUCUUCAGGUGCAGCUUCUCGCCGUGUUUCAAUGCCACCUCCAAAACGUGGAUCUGAAAUGCCACGUGGAAAAAGAGCACAAAGUGCAGUUGAAGCAAUUUAUCCACUUUUGAAAUCAAAAUCAUGA